CAUAGUUAUGCCAAUGCACAGAACACUAUUACUUCUAGCGAAGUGCCAAUGCAACUAACGCGGCGUCCUGGUUUAAGGAGUCCCUAGCAAGCUACAAAAAUUUUUUUUUGUCUCAAGCAUUUUUACGAAGUGAUCUCUCAUACUGCGUUUCAGGUAUUGGAGCUCCACUUCCACAAACAUUAUGGGGAAGAUUAGCGACUGUAAUAUACUCUGUUGUAGCCACACCAACUCAUGUUUACUUAAUGAAAAACUGGGGCACGUUCGCUGCGGUGCAAGUCGAAAAAUAUUUCAAAAGCUUUCAUAAAACUGAUGAUGAUUCACGUAAACUUUACGAUAAAUAUAACAACAAGAAUAAUUAUGACUGUAGUAAGCUUAAGGUACUCAUUACGGUUAUAUGCCGUUGCGAAGCUCUGUUACUGAUCGCGUACUACGUUUUGGGAAUAAUAUUGUUUGGCUUACUUCGACAGAAAGAACAAUUUGUUGCUGUCGCGUUUCCUUGGGAAUUUACUACGUAUGGUGGAUUGGAGGAAGUAGCUGGUACUGUACGAGUUUUGUACGGUUUCUAUGUGGAGGGAGCAGUGAUUUUACUGGCGUACUGUCUGGCGAGCUUACUUCAACGUACUCGUACUAAGCUAGAACACUGGGCUCAAAAAUACAGAUUGUUUGAGACAGAAAGUCCUGUUUAA